AUGACGAGAACCUUGUUCAGAGAUAAAAAACACAUUGAGAGCAACGGGCACCGGCCCAGCGCACACAACUUCUCCCUGGGGCGGCAGCUCCCGAGCAGGACUAACCCGACCCUGGGUCCCGAGGAACUGCUGAGCACCAGGGACUGUCACCCUGCCUUGCCGCUUCCCCCUGGCUUCCAUCCCCAUCCAGGACCCAACUACCCACCCUUUCUGCCCGACCAAAUGCAGCCGCAGGUCCCACCGAUUCACUACCAAGAACUCAUGCCACCUGGUUCCUGCCUGCCAGAAGAGCCCAAGCCAAAGAGGGGAAGAAGGUCGUGGCCCCGGAAAAGGAUGGCCACCCACACUUGCGAUUAUGCCGGCUGCGGCAAAACCUAUACAAAGAGCUCUCAUCUCAAGGCACACCUGCGAACCCACACAGGUGAGAAACCGUACCACUGUGACUGGGACGGCUGUGGGUGGAAGUUUGCCCGCUCUGAUGAACUGACCAGGCACUACCGCAAGCACACGGGGCACCGCCCCUUCCAGUGCCAGAAGUGCGACCGGGCCUUUUCCAGGUCGGACCACCUCGCCUUACACAUGAAGAGGCACUUUUAAACCCCAGAGUGAUGCCACCCGCACUGCCACGAGAGAAUUCAGUAUUUUUUUCCC